GCCCUCAGCGAGCGGAUGCCUCUCAUACACGUCACAAUUACCUCAAACUACAUUUCCCAGCACCCCCUUUCUGAGGAAAGCAGUCAUGCGGAUGGACCCAGGAGUUGCCAUCUGCGGGGCUGCAAGAAGAAGAAGAAGAAACUUCUAGGAAAGAUGCACGAAGAGGAGGAUGGGAGCGGGGAGAGCUCCUGCACAGUUUCACGGCUGCAGUCCUUCAAGUCUCUCGAUGUGGCCGAGGUGGAGGGAGCGAAGGAGCAGGCCUCCAAGCUGUGCGGCUACUUGAACAAACUCUCCGGCAAGGGGCCUCUCAGGGGCUACAAACUGAGGUGGUUCGUGUACGACCCGAGGAAAUGUUACUUGUAUUAUUUCAAGACUCCCCAAGAUGCCCUGCCUCUCGGACACAUUGAUAUAGGCGAUGCCUGCUUCAUGUACGACGUGGAGGGGGAAGAGGGACAGUUCGAGAUCCGUACAGCUGGGAAAGAAUUUCUCUUGAAGGCCCCCAGCAGACAGGUGAUGCAUUACUGGCUCCAGGAGUUGCAGCAGAAGCGUUGGGAGUACAGUAACACCAGAGGCACAGGGAAGAGAGACAGCUGGAGUUCUCCCACGCAGGCCUACCCUCCCACCGGCCUCGUGGGCAAGGACAGCGAUGCUUUCUUCGUUGAGAAGCUAAGUGACAGCAUGGAGAAAGUCCGCAGCGACUUUGCUAUGGACACAGAAAUGGAUGCAGGAGGGAUGGUGGGAAUCCAGUCAGCCAGAGGGCCCUUCUCCCUCAAAAACUUUGGUACAGAGCUCAGGAACUCCAUGUCCAAUCUGCGGCCAGGCCGAGUGGAGAACAGACGCAGCGUGUUUUACACCGGCAACCACAACAGCAGCUCAGAGGAGUGGGAGAUGGUGGACGCUCCCCCUAAGGACUUCACCGAACAGAAACCUCAUCUGGACACACAGAGACAUUCUUUUGGCUCGGCGUUCACCUUCGAUUUCGUGCGAAACCGCCAACGACCUCAGAGGCUCUUGCUCCGAGACGUGCGGGGACCAGGGAAGUUCGCACGCGGCGUGGAGAGACGCGGUUCUGGGAGUCCGACAGGGGAAUGCAACGGCAGCAAAUCUUUGGAGAUGCAGCUCCGCCUCCAGAACCAGCAGGAUGAGAUGAACCAGAUGCAGCAGGAGCAAAUCAAACUCCGGGAGGAGCUGGCCAGCCAGAAGGAGCUGGUGAGGCUCCUGCAACAGACUCUCAGAACCUCCCAGUUCGAGAGGCCCAGCGUAUGGCGAGCAGCUCCAGAUCCGUCCGCGGCCCCGGACCAGGCUCCCAGUCCGGCCGUGACCCAGGAGGACGUCGCCCAGCUGGAGGCGGUCCUCCAGGAGCGAGACGUACAGAUCCAGUCGCUAUGUGGACACAUGGAGCGUCUCUCUCUGGAGAAGGAGAGCCUGCAGCAGGAGCUGAAGGGCCUGAAAAUCAAGGUGGGGGAAAUUAAUGACCAGCUGGGGAUGCUGAUGGAGACCAUCCAGGCCAAAGAUCAGGUCAUCGUGAAGCUGUCACAGGAAAACUCUGAGCAGAGCGGGAAUGUCAGCGACGCUGGUUCUCCGCCACCUCAGCAGGAGCUGAGCAUCCUGAAGGACAGUCUUCAAGGCUACAAAUCCCAAAACAAGUUUCUGAACAAAGAGAUCCUGGAGUUGACUGUCCUGCGCAGGAACGCAGAGAUUCGGGAAAAGGCUUUAGAAGCAAAGUGCACAGCUCUGGAGGCCAAACUCUGUCAAGUGGAGAGUAAAUAUUUGGUGCUGCUUCAGGAGGUGAGAAAGCCGGUCUGUUCGUCGGAGGAGGAUCCGGCCCGGGAAGUCAUUUCCAGAUUACUGGAGGAUGCCCUGCAGGCGGAGAGCCCCGACCAGAACGAACACCAAAUCUUCAAACCAAAUUCAGUCAGUGAAUACGAUGUGUACGGCUUCAAAACGGUCCCAGAGGAAGAGGAGGAAGAGGAGAAGCUGGUUGCAAAGUUGAGGGCCUUGGAGCUGAAGUCCCUGUCCAUGACCGACCAGGAGGUUUCAGUCGGGGUGAAGUGGGAGAACUUUCUGGCCAGCACCAUGAACAGAGACCUGGUGCAUUCUCCCGAGCUCAAGGCCCUGAUCCGCUGCGGCGUGCCGCACGAGCACCGCUCCAUCGUGUGGCGCUGGUGCGUCACCUUCCACGUCAAGAAGUUCCGCGACCACUUGGCCCCGGAUUAUUACGAGACGCUGCUGAACGUGGCGCGGGAUCGGCCCAACCCGGCGUCCAAGCAGAUCGAGCUGGACUUGCUCCGGACAUUGCCCAACAACAAGCACUAUGCCUCGCCGAGCGCGGGCGGGAUCAACAAGCUGCGGAACGUCCUGGUGGCCUUCUCCUGGAGGAAUCCAGACAUCGGCUACUGUCAGGGUCUCAACAGGCUAGCAGCAAUCGCCUUGCUGUAUCUAGACCAGGAAGAUGCCUUUUGGACUCUUGUAGCCAUCGUUGAGGUCUUCAUGCCAAGAGAUUAUUACACAAAGACUCUGCUGGGCUCUCAGGUCGACCAGCGUGUGUUCAAAGACCUGAUGAGUGAGAAGUUGCCGCGCCUUCACGCCCACUUUGAGCAGCACAAAGUGGAUUUCUCCCUCAUCACCUUCAACUGGUUCCUGGUAGUGUUUGUGGACAGCGUGGUGAGCGACAUCCUGUUCAAGAUCUGGGAUGCCUUCCUAUUCGAGGGGCCAAAGAUCAUAUUUCGAUUUGCUCUCGCCCUCUUCAAGUACCAAGAAGAAGAGUUUUUAAAGCUGCAGGACACGACGGCCAUCUUUAAAUACCUUCGAUACUUCACGCGCACAAUCCUGGACUCAAGGAAGCUGAUGAACAUUGCUUUCGUGGACAUGAACCCAUUCCCUAUGAGGCAAAUCCAGAACCGCCGCUCCUUUCACCUAGAGAAGGUUCGCCUGGAGCUGACGGAGCUGGAGGCCAUCAGACAGACAUUCCUGAAGGAGAGGGAGACGAGUCUGGAUCGACGGAGCUUCGUCAGCGACGAUGAGGAGGAUAACUGAGCUUUUUUAUUUCCAGGCUGUGUCGCUUUAAGAAUGAAGACAAAGGGAGCUUCUCCACGGAGCGGCGACGCUUUACAGCUGCUGAAGGGUUUAAUUUUCCCAGUUUAGGUGUCGGAGUUGGUCUCUGCAUCAAAAAUGGAAUAAUGAACUGAAAUCAAAGGAUAAAACGCAUUGUAUCAGUAUUCCUGCCAUUUUUUUUCCCUGUGUAAAGUAUUUUUGCUGUCUAUGUUCAUGUUGUUCGUUGCCAAUAGUUUACUUUCCUAUAUUGCCAAACCAUGCAGUCCGAAACAGUAUUUUCAAGCAUUUUUAUACCUUUUUGAAGGAAUUCCUUUUUUCUUUUUUUGUGCUCACAUUUACACAAAAGAAAUCUC